CUUUCCUUCCUACCCUGGUACUGGCUCCUCCGAAACCAAAAACAAACCCUGCGCCAGGCCCCUCGAUUUGUGCUGCGUGAGGGGUAAAGGAGGGGAGAACUUGUGACGAUACAGCAAGUUUAUGUACGGAACAUGCCGGGAGUCGUCAUGGACGAUGCCAAUACUGGUGGACACAGACACGGAUCAGGGAACCACGAUUCGCAACAUGGUAUAUAUUCAGUGGGAGAGGCUAUCCGAUUAAAUGGUAUCACCGACUCAGAAAAUGGUUCACUUUCUGUUGAUGGGGUGGAUAGGAAUACUGGUCACCAUGGAGCCGUUGGGCUUACCUCAAUCAAUCGUAUGUCAUGGGGACUAAUGGAGCCGCCCGAGUUACCGCACAUAAUGCAGGGCUUUUUUCCAUUUUCAAAAUUAGUUCGCAGAUCUGUACAGCAAUGCUGGAACGAUCUAUCCGACCUAAUUACCGAAUUGGCCGAGAUCAGGGUGAAUUCUCAUGAACUUCAUUCUUUGCCGAUUCCGGCCAAUGGAAAAUCUACAGGAAACCAGUCUUCUGAGAAUAUACAGAAGAAAGUGCGAAUUUUAGAAUUCUCUCAUGCCAAAAGGGCAGAGUUUAUCAAACUUCUUGUUCUUGCUCAAUGGAGCCGACAAGCAGCUGACGUCAGUAAGUUGAUUGACAUUCAGAAUUUCAUUCGCACCCAUCAUCAAGCAUACAUGGGGGCGCUCCAAUGUAUUGGGGAUAUGAAAAGAGAUCUUGUCCAAGCCCAGGUGGCCAAUCCCGAUCUAAAUACAGCACUGGAAGUCCUGUCAAAGGGCAGGGUAGCAUCAAUGUCCGAUCUCGGAUACCGCCCCCCCAAGCCCCUGAAGGCGAGGGGAACCCUCAGGAAGUUACAGAAACUUAACAGAAUAAUCGGUGUGCGACUUGCGGUCCAAGAAGAGAUACCUUGUUCUUUUCAAACUUACCGCGUACAUGACGGCCGAGUGACCUUUAUUGUUCCCGGCGAAUUUGAACUCGACCUUUCUGUUGGUGAAGAAGAUGAAGCCUCGCAGUUUUUUUUUGUUGACAUUCAUUUCCUUUUCUUUCCUUCGCCACCAGUCCCAGAUGGUCGAAUCCUGAACGAGCUUGAAAGGACAAUAAAUGACGUGCUUCAAAAUAACGGCUUGGUUGGGUGUUUCAAUCUAUUGCAUGGCUUGGUUUUGACUAAUAAAGUGAGCAUACUCUUCAAGCAAGCUAUGGAAUUGGCAAGAGGCCCAUGGACGGAUGUUUUGCGAGUCGAACUAUUACACCGGACCCUAGUUAUACAAUACUGGACACCAAAGCCUGGCGCCAAAAGUUGGCUUGAGAUUGGAAUUAAACGCGGUGGUCCAGGGUCAGACAGUGGAAGAGUCGGUCUCCCUUUUUUGGGCUUACGCUGGAUAAGAGAUGGAGAAGAAGUUCCAUGUGAAGAUAUCAAUUUUGAUGAGGAAUAUCUUUCGAUGGAGCGCGUCCUUCGAAGUACCAUUGCUUUACACGUCUCCCAGAUCCUUUCUUCGGCAUAUAGCAACAUAAGACACAGCUCGCUCUUUUCCGCCGGCCUAUUAUCAUUGCGUGCCCAGUUAAACAGCACUGAACCGGGCGAUUGUUUACUCGAUGUCCAGCUCACAAAAACGAGAUAUCUUCGAGUAUCUGUUGAGCCGAUGUCCGGAAUGAGUAUUUUGUCAGUCACCUCGAAUGCUUUGGAGCGGUUUGAUGGUGAUCGCAAUCCUGAUAAGUCCUUUGUUGAUGACAUAGUCGCCCGUGUUGCACGACUUCGUUGCAGUGCAGCUAUAGAGGAAAUUGAAUCCAAUCUGAAAAUGCUAGGAUUUGAACCGCUGAAUUCGCGAGCAUGGAAGUCUGAUGUCCGAAAAAUCUUUCCGCCAAAUACUUUACGCUUCACAUUCUUUUGGCACCAUCUUUGGAAACGUAAUUGGGUUGUGGCGGCGACUAGCAGCAUGGAUGGUGAUAGCUGGUGGGUGGUGCAACUUGGAACAACAGUACUUGCAAAAGCCCAUGCUGUCCUUGAUGCAAAUUUGCACGGCCAACUUGUUUUUCGUACCACUCAAAUUGUCAGCCAUACAUUCUUUCCUGCUUCACAACACAACAUCAGUUACACAUCUCUUGCGGACCUCGGGCACUGUCUUUCGGGAAUUCUGGCCAUUCAUUCUAAUGCUCACUUUUUGGAGGAUUUACAAUCUAUCGAAUUCUACCCGCCACUUCACAAAUUGAAGAUUGAACCAAACCUUCGGGUUCCCGAUAUCUUCAUUCGAUACGAUGCAUCCAAUCUUCCCACUGCCUUUCAGUUGGCCAUGCCUGUUAGGGCAAAGAGAAAGAGUCACAUCAAAGACACUGUUCGCCUUGCUUUCCACGGUAUCGAUCCCUGCAGAAAGGUCGCCAUAAUGGUUGCCUAUGGUAGUUUGGCCAGCUCUGCAAGUGCUUUUGGCGCACCUGUCUCGAAUUGGGAUCGAUCACUGGUAUUUCAAAGGAAGGGGAGUGGCUUUGCGUUACGUUUUCUUGCACCGGCUGGUCAUCCCAUUAUCAUCAAGCUCAUUGAAAGUCUGCAGAGACUUGAAUGCGUGCUCUCAAUCCUGGAAUCUCUGCAACGAAAAAAGAUAGGGGUCCGGACUUUUUCACUGUCGAACAUAUCUUUCACUUAUGGCCCAGAGAGGGAUUUCUCGGCUAGCCUAAAUAUUGAUCUGUCUAUGAUUCAGUCCCUCAUGGAUUUGAGUCCUAUCGGGCUCGCAUCUAGAACAGAGUCAAUAUUCAAUCUGCGUCUAGGCAUACAAUUCGGCCACAAUAGCCCUCACCGUCGGAUCCAGGAGUCUCUUGCAUCCAGUCUCAAUCACGUUGCCACUGAUGCAGGGUUAGAAAACGUCGUUGAAAUUCUGUCGCUUACACUUCCUUUGAUGCGAGCUUUGGACCAGUUAAUGACCAACUCGUCGUCUAAUGAGCGUUUGAAAGUGCAAGUAACUGUGCGCAACGCCAGGUCGUACCAAAUUCAUUACCCCGAUGAGAAUCUCAAGUUUCAGUUGGUCGCUGCGUCGCAUUUAAAUCGCUUUGUUUGGGUACUCAAGGAUGUGAACAUCCAAGGCAACAUGAUAAACAACGGUAAUAUCAAAAAUAAGCUUCAAGAAACACUGUAUAACUCUCGAGGUGAUGGCUGGAGAGGACUUGGGAAUGGACUUGUUGCUGAAGCCGGCUCAAUCGAAAAUCUUCUGCGAGAAAUUGAAAGGCGAUUUGGCACUUCCCAAGGUCGGAAGACUCCUGAAGCCAAAGUUGGUAAAUCGAACAACCCGAGGCUAUCGGCAUCAUCGGGAGGACCUGGGCAUACUGGCAGCAUUGAAGAUGUACGCAGCAGUUCACUUGCAACAGCUCCAGGCACUAGGGAUACCCAGUCUGGGGCCAACACUGGAACACAGAAAGAGGAUAUUAUUAUGAUUGACUAAGGGUCAGUUGGACUGUUCUGCUUCCCCGUCGCUGGGGAUGAUUCUCGUCAGAAUGGUUCCUUUUAGAAAACGGGAGCUUGGCCUUGGAGACGUUUCCUUUAUAUCUAUCAAUAUCAUCUACCUGUCUGACAAAUUGCAUUCAAACUCCCCGUCAACGUUCCGGGACGUUUUUUCCCCUGCAGUAUUUGAACACAUGUAUAAUGUAUACUCAAAUGACAACAGUUGUUAUACCUCGUAAGUCUUCCAAAUUCUGAAAGUAAAUUUUUUUAUGUACGACGCCUA